GCACGAAAGCUCCGCUCGCUCCCUCCGCUCAUCCCUCUGCAACAUCUCCCGGAGGAAGGCUCUCGAAGAGAUGUCGCGGACGAAGGAGAAGCAGGGCAAGUUCCCGCCGAUCGGCGAGUGCCGGGGCUCGGGGUACGGGUCCGUCGCCGCCGACCUCGACGGCACCCUCCUCGCCUCCUCCAGCGCCUUCCCUUACUACAUGCUGGUGGCGAUCGAGGCCGGCAGCCUCCUCCGGGGCCUCGCCCUCCUCCUCUCCCUCCCCCUCGUCAUCCUCACCUACUUCUUCGUCUCCGAGGCCCUCGGCAUCCAGAUCCUCAUCUUCAUCUCCUUCUCCGGCCUCAAGGUCCGCGACAUCGAGCUCGCCUCUCGCGCCGUGCUCCCCAGGUUUUAUGCCGCUGAUGUGCGGUCGGACAGCUACGGAGUGUUCGACAAGUGCAAGAGGAAGGUGGUGGUGACCGCCAACCCGACGGUCAUGGUCGAGACGUUCGUGAGGGAUUAUCUGGGUGGAGACAAGGUUUUAGGUACCGAGAUCGAGGUGGACCCGAGGACGAAGAAGGCUACCGGAUUCGUGAAGAAACCGGGAGUGCUGGUGGGGGAUCUGAAGAGGCUGGCCAUUUUGAAGGAGUUCGGAGACGAGGCUCCGGAUGUCGGGAUCGGAGACCGCGAGACCGACCACGAUUUCAUGGGGCUUUGCAAGGAAGGUUACAUGGUGCACCGCAGCAAAUCGGCAGCGCUCGUCCCACCUGAACGCCUGAAGAGCCGGAUCAUCUUCCACGACGGCCGCCUCGUCCAGCGCCCCGACCCGCUCAACGCCAUCAUCACCUACCUCUGGCUCCCCUUGGGAUUCAUCCUCUCCAUCAUCCGCGUCUACUUCAACCUCCCCCUCCCCGAGCGCAUCGUCCGCUACACCUACGAGAUGCUCGGCAUCAAGCUCGUGAUUCGCGGCAAGCUCCCUCCCCGGCCCUCCCCCGGGACCCCCGGGAACCUCUACGUCUGCAACCACCGCACCGCCCUCGACCCCAUCAUCAUCUCCAUCGCGCUCGGGCGCAAGGUCUCGUGCGUCACCUACAGCGUCAGCAAGCUCUCCCGCUUCCUGUCCCCGAUCCCCGCCGUCGCCCUGACCCGCGACCGCGCCGCCGACGCGGCCAUGAUCUCCACCCUCCUCCAGAAGGGCGACCUCGUGGUCUGCCCCGAGGGCACCACGUGCCGCGAGCCCUUCCUGCUCCGGUUCAGCGCGCUGUUCGCGGAGCUGAGCGACCGGAUCGUCCCCGUCGCGGUCAACUGCAAGCAGAACAUGUUCAACGGGACCACCGUGCGCGGGGUGAAGUUCUGGGACGCCUACUUCUUCUUCAUGAACCCGAGGCCGAUGUACGAAGCCACGUUCCUCGACCGGCUGCCGGAGGAGAUGACGUGUAAGGCGGGCGGGAAGUCGGCGAUCGAGGUGGCGAAUUACGUGCAGAAGGUGCUGGGCGACGUGCUGGGGUUCGAGUGCACCGGGUUGACGAGGAAGGACAAGUACAUGCUGUUGGGCGGGAACGAUGGGAAGGUCGAGUCCAUCUCUAAUGCCAAGAAAGUGUGAUUCCAACCAUUCCUAGACGAUCGUGGGAGUAGAAUUAUAUUCAGAGAGAGGUGUAAUUUCCAAGAAGAAGAAGAAUGCAUGCGUUAGAUCAAUAUGUGGACCGUCAAAACGAAGACUCUUAAGUUAUUGUGGGGGUUGACUCAGUCUCGACUGUGGUAGGGGUCGGUAUUUCGAUUGAUUAAGUUGGGUUAUUUUCCGCAGUAACAAUGAUUCGGUUUGUUGUA